AUGGAAAAUUUGAUUAGGAGUGAUGAUGAUAAUGCAGAGUAUGAAGGUGAUGGAGAAUCUGAAGAGGGUAAUCAAGAGUAUGAAGAGGAUGAUGAAUCUCAAGAAAGUGAUCCAAAUUUUGAAGAGUAUGAUGAAUCUGAAAAUAGUGAUCCAGGGUAUGAAGAAGAUGAGAGACAAAUAGAAGAUGAAGAUCAUAUGGAUGACAUAAUGGAUGUUGACAACAAUAUACAAGAUGUGGAUGUGGACAUGGGAGACUUCACUCUCAAUGUUGAAAGUGAUGUGGAAGGUUCUUGUAUAAAUGUUGUUUAUGGGCAUGAACCUGAAGAUAUGGAGGUGAUCAACAAUGAGGAAUUUGAAUCUUUGGAUGAAGGAUCUGACCAAGAUAGAGAGAGAAGAGCUCUUAUCAAGAAUCUGAGAAAAGAAAAAAGGCUUAGGGCACAGUGUAGGGGAGUUGUACCUGUCACCAAUAAAGGCCAAGUGGGUAGUCAAGCUACCACUUCAAAAAGAAAGGGUAAAGAAUUAAAGACACAAAAAGUAACAUGUUGGUACAUUCAUGCAUCUAGAUCAAAUCCUAAAUCCGACUGGUUUAUAAGGACCUUAAACCAAACUCACACAUGUUUGCAAACAAGGAAACUCAGGGCUUGUAUUGCUUCUUUAAUCAGCAAAAAAAUCUUUGAUCAAGUUGAGGCGAAUCCAGAUAUACCUUUGAGAGCCAUACAAGAUCACUUUCAAACGACCUACCAAGUGGGUGUUACUAUGGACAAGGUGUUCAGGGCAAAGGAUAAAGCAAGAAAGCAUAUAACUGGGGACUACAAAAAGCAGUAUGAACUGUUGAUGGACUAUGUUCUCGAAUUUCAAGCCACCAACCCAGACACCACAGCGAAAAUAGAUGUAUGUUCUGAACCUAACACUGAUUCCCCAACCAGGCAGUUUAGAAGAAUUUAUGUGUGUUUGGGUCCACUGAAAAAAGGGUUCAAGGCAUACCUUAGGGACUUAUUAGGUUUUGAUGGUGCCUUCAUGAAAGGACCAUUCCCUGGGCAGGUCCUUUCAGCAGUUGGCCUUGAUUCCGAUAAUGGAAUUUACCCAUUAGCAUAUGGGAUUGUUGAGUCUGAAAACACAGAAAGUUGGAAAUGGUUUUUAGAUAACCUUGGGGAUGACUUGGAUCUUGGAAGAAAAUCAAAUUUUACUUUCAUAAGUGAAAGGAAAAAGGGUUUACAUACUGCAGUUGAGCAAUUGUUUCCUAAUGCUGAGCAUAGAUAUUGUAUCAAACAUAUUCAUGACAAUACGAGGAGAAGAUGGAGGCAAACAGAGUACAGGGACCACUUAUAGAGGUGUGCAUCAGCUACCACCAUUCCCGAGUUUGAACAUUUGAUGAAGGAGUUUAGUCAGUAUGAUAAGGAGGCAUGUGAAUGGUUGAAACAAAUUCCUCCUAAACAUUGGGCAAGGAGUCAUUUUUCAGGAAGAGCAGUUUCUGAUGUGUUGAUAUUAAACAUGUGUGAAGUGUUUAAUGGGAAGAUAGAGAAAGGAAGGGAUAAACCUGUCAUUGGAUGUUUAGAAUACAUAAGGGAGUAUCUAAUGAAGAGGAUAUGCAAUGUCAUGAAGGAAAUGAA